UGGCAUCAGCUUCGUGGAAGAUCCCCACUAUUAUUGUGGGUCACCACAUUUUCAAUCUCCCAAAAAAUCCACACUAAAACCUGAAAAUUCCAUACCCUUUCUUUUACUAAAAAACUCCAUAGUCCAUAGUUAGCACCAAAGCCAUUCCAAACCACGUUCCCACUACUACAUGCAAAAAGUAAACAAAGCAUAAUAGCAUAUAAUAUUUGACCCUAAUCAGCCACGUGCUUCUCACGGGAUGUGUUCUUAAAUUCUGACAUAAAUGUGACUUUGUCCGCACUAGAUCAAACCUCCCAAAAAAUAUAUAUAUAGUACCACUAAAAUAAAAUCGCAGAGCCAAUCAAAGUAUGCCACGUAAUAUCUUUGGGUAAAAAAAAUGUAUUUUUUUUAUGUGGUUCCCGCUGUGACUAUAAAUUCACCAAUGUUGACGUGUCGUCCUCAAUACGAACUCGUUCAGUCAACGCACUAAGCAUUAAACCCUUUCUCUUUCUCUCUCUCUCUUUUCCUCCAUUAAACCCCAUUUUUUCACAAAGACUCAGAAAACACAUACACAGAGAGAAGUGAGAGAAUUAUCAACGAUCAUGAAGAUGGUUCCAGCUGAGUCUCCGAUCAACGGCUAUGGUCUUGACAGCUCAUUGGCUCCAUCUCCAUCUCCAACUCCAACUCCAACUCCAUCUUCAUCUCCAUCUCCUUCCUUCGCCAGCAGUAGCAUCAUUACUUCGGUGCAACAAGCAUCACCACCGUCCAGAUUACCCGUCCAAUUCAGCCCGCCGUUGAUCGCCAUGGUAGUCAUAGUCGCCACCGCUUUUCUCAUCGUGACCUACUCAAGACUCAUCUCCCGCCACGUCAUCCCUCCGAUCCUCCGCGUCCUCCGCCGCUACAAACGGUGGCGCCGUCGCCGACGUGGAGCUCGGUCUUACUUGCCGUCGUCUUCUGGAGACUUGGAUUCUCUGCCUUUCGACUCGCCGUUUUUCGAGACGUCCGAUGGAUUCCACGUGUGCUCGCCGUACGGGCUCGAUGAGACGGUGAUCAAGACGAUUCCUCUAGCUCUGUACUACACCACGAAACCGUACCGUGAACGCCGUGACUGUGCGGUUUGCUUGUUGGAAUUCGAGGACGACGAUUACGUCCGCACGCUUCCGGUGUGUUCGCAUGCUUUUCACGUUGAUUGCAUCGAUAUCUGGUUGAGGUCUCAUGCUAACUGUCCACUCUGCCGCGCCGGAAUAUUCCGUCCGGAGUCUCCUUUCGUUCCGGUCAUGGCCGCCAGGAUCAGACCAAGCCUCGACGACUCGAUCUUUCGGAGCUUCGGCGAGAGGCUCGAGAGCGAAACUUUCCCGGACUCUCGCUGCGGAUCCCUCUCUGAAAUCACUCCGUGCAUCGAAGAACAAUCUCCGAUGAGAAACCACAUCAUCAACAACAGCAACAGCAGUCACAAUAACUACUCCGAAGAGAGAUUCAACGGAAGAGAUUUCAUGUUGAAGCGGUCGUACUCGUUCGGAUUCGAACGGAAUUUAGCGUCGGAGAGGAUGGUGAUGGAGCCGGCGACGACGUCACCAUGGCGGUACAGAAGAGGAAACUUCUGGAGCAAACGGCCAUCGCCGUUCGGAUCCAUAACAAAACCUAGAGUUUUCUCAUUCCGCUACUACAGAGGAAUGAAAUCGCCGUUUUUCCGACGAAGAGGAUUCUUCCCUUUGUCGGAAAGAUUCGCCGGCAACGGCAUCGGAGGCGGAUCAUCAAGAAGAACGAAAUCAAUGACGAGCCCGAUGUUCAUGAGGUCGUCGGCAGCCGUCGCCGGAGCAGCAGCGUUCUCGUCGAGCCGGUUACGAUGUGGAGAUCCCGAGGCGCUACUGUCACCGGAGAGAUUCAACAGGAGGUAAGAUUAACAGAAACAAUAACAGACCAAAGAGCGGGAAAAAAUACACGUGGAGGGACGAGAUUGAGCGAACGACGAGGAACGGACGGUCGGUGAUGGGGGGGGAUGCGAUGGCUUUGAAAGCAAAUAUUAAAAAAUAGUAUAUGAUAGUAGUAUUUAGUGUGGGAGAAUGGGAAUGGGGUCAGGGUGGUAUUAAUGGGAAGGGGGUCGCAUGCUGAAAGAGGCGUUUAAUGCGACGGUCUGGCAAUUUGUAGUGCCCUCAUUAAUUGGUGUGGUUGAGACUUGUGUGAGAGAGCGCAUUUAUUGUUAAAAUUGACGAGAGCUAAGGCUAGGCUGAGACCUAAUCUCUUUCACACACACAUUUUUUUAGUCACUCAACACUCUCUGGAAAGUGCUUUCUUCUCUCUCUCUUCUUUCCUUUGGUCCAUUGUGGGGGUGAAAGACGUUAAUUAAGAAGGGGGGGGGGGGGGGAGCUCAUAAA